CGCGACAUCACGUCCCUUCUCAUCACCCAAAUCCCGGUGCCACGCUCCCAGCCCCAGCUUCGGCCAAUCACCACGACCAUGCAGCUCACCGAAGACGACAUCUAUCGCAGCUCUACGCAGUUUAGGAAUUGGUCUUUCACCGCGCCACAACUAGCCGCCCAGCGGCUGAAGAUCAACGUUCAAGCCACCGAGCGCGUCAAAGCGAAUGUUGCGCGUUUACGAGCCCAGCGCGGCAACGACGCCGUAGACAACGAUACUUUGGGAUCUGGCAUAGAUAAGGAGAAUGGGAGUGGAACUAGCGGAACCAACACUCCAGAUGGGCGAAUGCAAAGCGUAACAGAUAUAAACUGUCUCACCGCAGAGGAGGAACUGAAGAUAGUAAACGAAUUCUGCGAACGCGCAGUCGCCCUGGGGAACCAUUACAGCUUCCCCUUGAACGUCGUCUCAACAUGUAUCCAAUUCCUCCGCCGCUUCUACCUCUACAACUCUCCCAUGACCUACCACGUUAACAACAUCCUCCGCACAAUAAUGUUUCUCGCCACCAAAGUCGAACUCUUCCCCAUUCACGUCUCGCAGUACGCUGAAGGCGCCGGCCGCAACGUGACCGCCGAAGACGUCCUCGCCCCCGAAUACAUCAUCGUCCAGAGUCUCCGCUACAAUCUCGACGUCCGGCAUCCAUUCCGGGCUAUCAAGGCCGGCCACAUGGAAAUGCUGGAGAUGGCGCAUGGGAAAUACCAGGGGCCGGCGCAGGGACUAGGAUCGAAGGAGGUCCAGGCUAAGAUUUGUUCUGUGCCGGUAAAGGUAGGGGGUCCGGCGAUGAAGAUGCCCGAGAAGAAGGUCGAGGAGAGGAUACACAAUGCGUAUGGUGUGGCGACUAACACGCUCCGCACUAUUGCCGUGUUGACAGAUGCGUACUUCCUGUACACGCCCUCUCAGAUCUGGUUGUCCGCCCAUCUCCUCGCCGAUGAACCGCUCACGUUGUUCUACCUAUCGCUCAAAGUGCCAACGUCUAAUCCGGUUUACGACAAACUCCUGAGCACAUUGCGGAAAUGCGCGUCUCUUAUCUCGAGCCACCGUCUUUACAUCAACAAUACACUACCAGCGCCAGAGCGGGAAGCGAGGGACGGGAAGCAUAAGGCAGAAAUCAAAACGCUAAUGCAGAAGCUCAAGAAUUGCCGUGAUCCAGACAAGGCCGAUCUGGUCAAGUUGAAUCAGGCGCAGAAGAGGGACGCAGUGCAGGGCGAUGCACUAGAGGAGAGUAAGGCCAAGAGGAGAAAACUGGCGAGGGAAGGGUACGAGAAGGAGUCUGAUGCUUUCUGGGGGCCUGAGCUCAAGAAGGCGGAGUAG